AGGAGGCAUCUCCGUAUUCCUUACUUGAUAUCUGCUUGAAUUUCCUGACUACUCACCUUGAGAAGUUCUGUUCAGCAAGACAAGAUGGAACAUUGUGUCUUCAGGAACCUGGAGUAUUCCCACAGGAGGUGGCUGAUCGACUGCUUCAGACCAUGGCCUUUCAUGGUCUACUGAAUGAUGGAACUGUAGGCAUUUUCAGGGGCAACCAGAUGCGCUUAAAGCGAGCUUGCAUUCGCAAGGCCAAGAUCUCUGCCGUUGCUUUCCGAAAAGCCUUCUGUCACCACAAGUUAGUGGAACUUGAUGCCACAGGUGUGAAUGCUGACAUCACAAUUACAGACAUUAUCAGUGGGCUUGGCAGUAACAAAUGGAUCCAGCAAAAUCUCCAGUGCCUAGUGCUGAACUCAUUAACUCUCUCCCUCGAAGAUCCUUACGAGCGAUGCUUCAGCCGGCUUUCUGGCCUUCGAGCAUUAAGCAUCACUAACGUUCUCUUUUACAAUGAAGACCUGGCUGAAGUUGCCUCAUUGCCAAGAUUAGAGAGCCUGGAUAUUUCUAACACCUCGAUCACAGACAUCACAGCUUUGCUGGCCUGCAAAGACCGACUCAAGUCUCUAACCAUGCACCACUUGAAAUGUUUAAAAAUGACAACUACCCAGAUACUGGAUGUUGUUCGGGAACUAAAACAUCUGAAUCAUCUUGACAUUUCAGAUGAUAAACAGUUUACAUCAGACAUAGCUCUUCGCUUACUAGAACAAAAGGACAUCCUACCCAACCUCGUCUCACUAGAUGUUUCUGGGAGAAAGCAUGUGACAGAUAAAGCUGUUGAAGCCUUUAUACAACAACGGCCCAGCAUGCAGUUUGUAGGUUUGCUGGCCACUGAUGCAGGUUACUCUGAAUUCCUCACCGGCGAAGGACAUUUGAAGAGUCAAGGAUGGCCCAGAAGUGGAUAUUGUGACCCAAAUGGCAAGGUGUCUGGAGAAGCCAAUGAAACUCAGAUUGCAGAAGCAUUAAAGCGGUACAGCGAACGAGCAUUCUUUGUCCGGGAAGCUCUGUUUCACCUUUUUAGCCUGACUCAUGUGAUGGAAAAAACAAAGCCAGAAAUUUUAAAGCUUGUGGUUACUGGGAUGAGAAACCACCCUAUGAAUUUGCCAGUACAACUUGCUGCAAGCGCCUGUGUGUUUAACUUAACUAAGCAGGAUCUUGCUGCAGGAAUGCCUGUCCGACUGCUGGCUGAUGUGACCCAUUUGCUGCUCAAAGCCAUGGAACAUUUUCCCAAUCACCAGCAGUUACAGAAGAAUUGCCUCCUUUCACUUUGUAGUGACCGGAUCCUUCAAGAUGUUCCAUUCAACAGGUUUGAAGCAGCCAAGCUUGUCAUGCAGUGGCUCUGCAACCAUGAGGAUCAAAACAUGCAAAGGAUGGCAGUUGCUAUCAUUUCCAUCCUGGCUGCCAAGCUUUCUACAGAGCAAACUGCACAGCUUGGGGCUGAGCUCUUCAUUGUCAGGCAACUUCUUCAAAUAGUGAAGCAGAAAACCAAUCAAAAUUCAGUGGACACUACUUUGAAGUUUACUUUGAGUGCACUUUGGAACCUCACAGAUGAAUCUCCAACCACUUGCAGACAUUUUAUUGAAAACCAAGGGUUAGAACUCUUCAUGCGGGUUCUAGAGUCUUUCCCAACUGAGUCAUCCAUUCAACAGAAAGUUCUAGGACUUUUGAAUAAUAUAGCUGAAGUGCAAGAAUUGCAUUCUGAAUUAAUGUGGAAGGAUUUUAUAGACCACAUCAGUAGCCUCCUGCAUAGUGUUGAAGUGGAAGUCAGUUACUUUGCAGCUGGAAUUAUUGCCCAUUUAAUAUCUAGAGGUGAACAAGCUUGGACAUUGAGCCGUAGUCAGAGGAAUUCUCUUCUGGAUGAUCUGCACUCGGCUAUUUUGAAGUGGCCAACUCCAGAGUGUGAGAUGGUAGCAUACAGGUCCUUUAAUCCAUUUUUCCCAUUACUUGGCUGUUUCACAACACCAGGAGUCCAGCUAUGGGCAGUUUGGGCCAUGCAACAUGUCUGCAGCAAGAAUCCCUCCAGGUAUUGCAGCAUGCUAAUUGAGGAAGGAGGAUUGCAGCAUUUAUACAACAUCAAGGAACACGAACAGACGGAUCCCCACGUCCAACAGAUUGCUGUGGCCAUUCUAGACAGCUUAGAAAAACACAUCGUGCGCCAUGGGAGACCACCUCCCUCUAAGAAGCAGCCCCAGGCUAGACUAAAUUGAUAGCCAUAAGUAAUCGAAUAACUGGAUCACACCUAUCUUUUUUGUCCUAGGUUCAUUUGGAAUAUCUUACCCUCCGUGACGUUUUAGGGGUUUCUAUGACAUGAAUCGUAAGAUCAGUUUGGGAUUGACGGUGUAAAGUACUGCCCAUGUGAACAGUCUCUGAUUUGUCUUGUGAUUUUUAACUUCUGAGGCAAGAAGGGUCUCUCCUUUCAUCAUUGCCUUUUAGGAAAUUUUCCACAUCUUUCUGUGUUUAAACUUACUUGUGCUUGAAAUUCUACAGUUUUAUGAUAAAGUUUGCACGAACCCUUAGGCCAGACUUUUCUGAUCCUAAAGUCCCUUCCAGUCAAUUUGCAGCUUCAGAUAAGCUGUCAACCUGAUCUCUGGCACUGCCUCAGUUGUAAGUUUUAUACUGCUUCUGUAUAAAUGCCUCUCUUCUCUGUCUGUGUACCUUUCAUAAGAUGUCCUUAGUGUGAAAGAGUGGAAAUCCAAGUCCUCUUUGAAAGCUACUUACCAACUAGAGCCCGGAUGGUUGGCAGAAAAAAUAUAUUGGAAAGAAAACUAUUGAGGGAAAAAGAGAGAAGGAACUAGAGAAAGGUCUGCUCUUACAGUUAAGUUUUUAGACUGGGACAGGCGAUCCUUCUGGAGCGCACCUUUCCCGAGGCCGUACGCAGUAGCUCGUUCUUCCUGGAGGCAUGGGCUGCUGCUUCCUACACAGACUGCUGGUUACUCUCUAGAAGUAUUUCCCUGGACAUCACAGUGUAAAAUAUUACCACAGUCUAUGUUAAAGAUUAAUUGUCUGAAUCUCUAGAAGUCAUACUGUCGUGAAAAUGUGAAUUUUUAUGAAAUUGUCUCCUGUUAAAACUGACCAUUAUUUUCCCUCUAUUUCAAAGUCAUUUUAUUCAGCGAAAUAGAGACUACACAUGGUAUUUACAGUUAACAGCAGUAAAUUUUGUCACAAGAAGUUAAAUUUUCUUUUUUUUUUUUCUUACCAAAAUACAUGUAUCUUAAUGUUCUCAUUUUGGAGAAGGAUGUCCACACCUCACUGCCAAAUAUGAAUGAGAAACAUUGGACUGUUGUUAAAUUUAAUGAUUCUAGUUGUAGUGUGUAACAGGAAAUAUUUUUUCAUGGGUAUUUUUUAGACAAUUGCCUUUCCUUUUAAGAUACCCGUUACAGCAUAGUAAAGAAUAAGUUAUUAUGUCAGUAAUGGCAGGAGGGAGGCAGCAGGUCACCAAGAAAUUUAAUUUCCAUCCAAAAUUUUAGUUUGUGAAUAAGGUUAGUCACAAUUUCAGAUGAUUGCAUUUUUUUUCAAAGAUGGCCAAACUGUUUUCAAAGAGAUUUAAAAUGAUAUGUUUAAAUUAUGGUGAUUAUUCAGAAGCAUUUUAAUUUAGAAAAGAGCUGGCUUCUUAUGCUGAUAACAUUUUUGACAUACAUAUUUCAUACCACUAUCACAAAAAUCAUACUUGAAUUAUUUCAUACUCCUUUGCAGGGAUGAAAACUUAAAGAAAAUAGGUCUUUAGAACCAUUAAAAACGAUAUUAUAUUGUGGAUUACUUCUAACUUAAUUGGUUUAAGGAAUUUUUAUAGGCACAAGAUAGAUUUUCCCAGAUUGUCUAUUUGGGGAGAAAAUGGAAGAUUCUUUUAGCUUUCCCCAUUUUUCCUAGGUUUUAAUGUUUAAGGCAAAAUGUAGAAAAUAGGGUGGCCUGCACUAGCUUUGAAAUCGCUAGCUAUGUUGACUAUCUCCAGUCCUCUUAGCUUGGAAAGUUAAGGGAAAGCCUAGUUGAGAAGUUUGGCUUCAAGUUUCUCUUCUGCCCUGUUCAAGACAAAAGUGCAUGUUCCUUAGAGGCUAGGCUUAGGUUUUUAUCUCUACAAAUUGCUUUCAGAAAUAACUAAAAGUGUACAGAAAACAAUAACCCCUUCAUUACUCAGAAUAACUUGAUAGAUGAAGACUCAAGAAUAUUGAAAAUUAAUUUUAAAUAUACCACUUUGAUCAUUGGUAAUGGUGGGAUAUUUCUGAGUCUUAAAAGCAAACUAAUUGAUCACAUCUCGUAAAUAAAAAUUGUAGUGCCUUUGUGGUUGGGAUGGUUUUUAAAAUUGUAUGUCUAACUAAGGCACAGAAUUGUGUGUAAGGUCUUGAAUCUGGCUAAAGUAUAGUAGAUGUGUAUACUGAAAUUAUGAGGCAUAACUGGCCUGUGUCUACAGUUAGAACCUAUUAGGCCUCCCUUUUACAUGUGUAUAGUAGAAUGUAACAGUACUUGGUGCCUUCACGGGUUACCGCUUCAGUGGCUUAGAGGUGCUGUUUCAAGCACAAUUUAGACUAGGGUUGAACCACUCGUUGCUCAAAUCAUUGGUGCACUCAGAUAUUGUAAAGUAUCACUACAUCAGUCCACAAGCAGCAGCAAGGUUUAGAUCUACCAAAGGAAAUGGAAUUAGACUUUAAAGUAUAAUGAUGCAUGUCGGUAUUGAGUAAAACAAAAAGUCUAAAAUUAAACCAAAAAUAAGGCAUCUUGUUCUUUACAUCAUAAAACUUUUCCUCAUGGUCCUUACACUUUUUGUUUUGGCAGUUGAAAAGAAACAUAAAUUAAGUAGUAAUAAGGGGUUAGUUUACUCUCUGGCUAAGAACUCAGUGGUUACGGAUCUUAAUUUAGGAUUUAAAAAAUCAUAUCAGAACCACAGUUCAAGGAAUUGACCUUAAAUAUUGCUGCUUUUUACCCCUGGACAGAAAUGCCAUUUAGUGGCACUAGUCAACUUAAUUAUCCAAGGUGGAGGUGAAUCACCAUAAAAGGGUGCUAUGGGAAUUUAAUUUCAUGAUCUCUUUUGUUUGCAAACUUCAAAGAUUCAUGUUUAAAAACCUCAAUCUGUCAAGCCUAGGAAGUUGUACUUACUAUUGAGACCUUGUGAGUUGGCCUUUUUUCCUCCCUAGUCACUUUCAUUUAGCUAUAUGUUUAAUUAUGCCAUGUGUCAAGAUAGCAUUGGGCCUCUUCCUAGCCCUUUGGAGCACAUUUUAAUGAAAAUAUAUUUAAUGUGCUCAAUUAUGGUACAUUAAUGAAAAAUGGUUUUGGCUUAGUGUUUCAAAAUGCAUGGUGCCCUCAUAGAACAACCUGCAGCAGAACCUGAGAUUGAAAAGAGGUCACGAGUGGCAGGGAAAACCCACCCCUUUCCUCCCACCUCUACCGUCAUGUUUACAGUAUUUGGUCAUUGUGCAACAUUUAUUUUGGAAUAAACAGUAUUAUUAAACUGAAGGUGUAAAUUAAAGGCAGUAUCAUAAUGUCAGCUGAUGUGGGCAGUUUUAUCUGUAUGUUACUUAUUUGGGAACUUGAUGUGGGCAGGGCUUCAGAGUAGUGUUCUAAGGCAGCUUACAGAGAAGUUUGCAAACACGACUUCCCUCUCGAAUCCAUUGUAGCAGUUUCAAAUGAUUGUGUGGAUAGUGGAUGUUUAAUCUUUACCAUUUGCUUUGUAUUGACACAUUUUUCAUUUUAAGUGUUUAACUCACGUACUGUUUAUUUUAGGAAUAAUGCAAAUCCAACCUUCAUCCAGUGAUGAGAAUAGCAGUAUGAUAGGAAUUUGCUGAAUGUGCUUUAAAUGAGCAAUUGCUUUAUCGUUUUUAGUAUCUCAUAGACUUUGCAUGACACGGUACACUUCUAAUUAUGCAUUCCUUAGUUCCCAAAUUUUAACCUAAGACAUUCUAUAUUAACUGAUGGGUAGCCUGAGAAAGUGCUUUCUCUGGCUGUUUCUCCCCUCACCCAAUAUUUUUGGGGAACUUACAGGAAAGUCCAUGCUAUUUCUCAUUUCUCUGGAUGAAGCGAAGUUCGUUGGGAUGGCACAACCAAACUUUAGAACUAGAUAGAAUGGCUAUUAAGAAUAUUUAGAGAAUCCAAAUUUAUCAGAAUUACUCUAUGGAAAAUCAUAAACCUAGUUCAUUAAUACUAUGUGUUUAAUUUCUAACUUUUGGGAAAACUGUUCAAAUGGGUUCUUAAGCUUAUUGUAAUCAGCUUAGAAGCAAGAAGCUACUUAGCUAAUGAAAGCUGAGAUACACUUUCAUAAAAGCAAGAAAUUACUGAGUGCAUUUUUUUCUUUAAAACUGGGACGAUAUUAAUGUCAAGAUUUAUCCUCAGAUAAUCAGCAAAAAUAAAACUAAAACCCUUGAGUUCUGUAGAAUUCCCACUGUCAAAUUCCCAUGGACUUGUGAGAGAAAAGCUAUCUUUUGCUUGAAUUUUGAUGGAAGGGUUUAACUCCUUUCAAAGGAUAUGAAAAAUUCACUGGGAAAUAUAAUGUGUAUACAUUUCCAAGGCUCUCAAUUAUCUGGAUUGAAGGCACUGUUCUUACCUGGCCAGAUGAAUGGGAGUGUUCUGCACAUGAAUCAUGCUAUAUUUUAAAUCAGGACAUCACUUAGGUAUUAAUGUGUGUACAGAGUUUUGUUUUGGGAAUUUUUUUUUUGCCUAAAUAAAUGUUAUAAAUUUUA